CACAAAGAAAGAAAGGGUUUCUUCCAUUGAUGGAACUCAUCUUGACCCUCAUUCGGGUGUGUGUUGUUCAAGUGUUGUCGUGCAUGCAUUUUGUGCAUCUCUCAUCUCUCAUCUCUCUUCUCUUCUCUUCGCAUGCACACACGCUUUCUUUCUCUCUCUACAUCUAUUAAAUUCCUAUUUUUUUUUUCUCAAUAUAGCUUCACUCAUCAAUCAAUCAUCAAAAUAAACUCCACCUGUACAACAUAACCACCGCCGCUACAAGUUAUCCACCACUUCCCACCGUCACCGCACCCAAAUUCCGGCUAGAUUCAGGAGUACACACUCUUGUUUUUUGUACAAUCAGUCAGUAUUGGGUUGUUGUUUAUGUUAUAUGUGUGUUUCUACUUUGUUUUUCGAUGGGUGUGUGCAUGGGUGCAUUUCGAUGUGUUCAAUUUAGUUGAUUUCGAUCCGAACAAUAACAGUUUGGUGGAUUAGCAGCUUCGAUUGUGUUUUUGGGUUUUGAUUUGGGGUUUUUGCUUUGAUAUGCAUGGUUUAAGAUUGAAAGAUCUGGAGAUUUAGAUUAGAUAAAUUUGGGGGUCAAAUGUCGUCGUCGAAGGUUUGCAUGAAUGGAUUGUGUGGGGCGAAGACGACUCCUCAAUGGAAGAGAGGUUGGCCCAUGAAGGCCGGCGGUUUCGCGACUCUCUGCUACACUUGCGGAAUCGCCUAUGAAAAUGUAACAUACUGUGAAAGAUUCCACCUGAACGAACCUGGUUGGAGGGAAUGCAAAUUCUGUGAGAAGCCUGUUCACUGUGGAUGUGUUGUUUCAAAGUAUCUUCACGAAUGUCUUGAUUUGGGAGGAAUAUCAUGUAUAAAAUGCAUAAGAGCAAGGGGAACACAAGCCCUAAAACCAAUACAGAGCUACCCAACCGACAUUCCUAAUGGCUUCAUUCCAUUUUCUGCCACUUGGCAUUCAUCUGUGAUUGGUAAUCGAAUAAAUGGUGGGGCCAGCCUUGAAAAGGGAAAACUGACACAGUUAAGCGAAUCCAUAGAGAAACAUCAUCAACCCUCUCCUUCAACUCCAUCCCUUACUCAUCAAAUCAAACAAGAUGAAAACCGUAAAGAACUCAGCACAAUCUUUCCAAGUGCAUCAUCUUUAUUUGGUACACCAGAUCAUCAUAAUAAUAGUGGAAGAACAGAUUUAGGUCUGAAAGCAUUAUAUGAAGCAAUCCCUCCUCAACCAUCUUUAAGUUAUUCUCUUGGUAAUAAUAACAAUGCAUUGACCACCACUACCAAGCCUCCUAAUGUUAAUGCUAAUGCUAAUGCUAGUAGUAGUGAUGGAAGAGAAGCAGAGAAAGUUGCAGGUUUUAAACAAGGUCAAAGAUCGCGUGUCACGUUUCCAAAACCAUCUAAAACUGGGACUGGGAGUAGUAAUAGUCAACGCUCACAGUCAAACAAAGGGGCAGUUUCGGAAAACAGAGUUGCCAGACCACCUGCUGAAGGUAGAGGUCGGAAUCAGUUACUCCCGAGGUACUGGCCAAAGAUAACUGAUCAAGAACUGUUGCAAAUAUCUGGGGACUUGAAUUCCAAUUGCACUAUUACUCCAUUAUUUGAGAAGGUUCUGAGUGCUAGUGAUGCUGGUAGAAUUGGGCGGUUGGUCUUGCCUAAAGCAUGUGCCGAAGCGUAUUUCCCUGCUAUUAAUCAAUCGGAAGGUUUACCAAUAAGAAUUCAGGACAUAAAGGGGAAAGAGUGGACUUUUCAGUUCCGAUUUUGGCCCAAUAAUAACAGCCGUAUGUAUGUUUUAGAGGGCGUAACUCCUUGCAUACAAAAUAUGCAACUUCAAGCUGGGGACACGGUUAUAUUUAGUCGACUGGAUCCAGGAGAAAAACUCGUUAUAGGUUGUCGAAAAGCAACAAUUUCUGCUGAAAUACAGGAAGGUGAAACGGCAGCUGUGAAUGGUGUUGGUGGUGGGACAUCUGGUGGGAAUGGAAACGUGGCCACAAAGAAUAUGGAGCAAGAAGGCAUGGGUAAUGGGGAUUCAGCACAAGUACAGAGAGGAGCAGUAGUGAAUGUGAAUCAAGAAAAGAAUAAGAAGACGCGUAAUAUAGGAUCAAAAAACAAGAGGUUGCUGAUGCAUAAUGAAGAUGCCAUGGAACUGAAGGUCACUUGGGAAGAAGCACACGAGCUGCUUCGCCCACCUCCUACUUCUAAACCAACCCUUUCCAUGAUUGAAAAUUGUGAAUUUGAAGAAUAUGAUGAACCACCAGUGUUUGGCAAGAAGACUGUAUUCACAUCGCAUGCAUCUGGGUCACAAGAACAGUGGGGUCAAUGUGACAGUUGCUCAAAAUGGAGGAAGUUGCCUCCUGAUGUUCUUCUUCCUUCAAAAUGGACAUGCUCUGAUAAUGUUUGGGAUCCCGAUAGGUGUUCAUGUUCUGUUCCGGAUGAAAUAAACACACGCGAUCUGGAACGUAUCUUCAAAUUCGGCAAAGAUUUGAAGAAGCGGAAACAUCCGGAAGGAAGGGCGGUUGAAGAACAGGAACCAUCUGGGCUAGACGCAUUAGCUACAGCUGCAGUGUUGGGAGAAAGCGAAUUUGGUGAGUCAUCAGCAGCGGGGCCCACAACAAGACACCCGCGACACCGGCCGGGGUGCACAUGUAUCGUUUGUAUUCAGCCUCCCAGUGGAAAGGGAAAACACAAACCCAAUUGCUUCUGUAAUGUCUGUCUCACAGUCAAACGUCGCUUCAAAACAUUAAUGCUUCGUAAGAAGAAACGCUUGUCCGAUAGGGAGGCCGAAGUCGCACAGAAAGCCUUGGCGGCCUCCCUCAACAACGGAAUCGGAAUCAGCGACCGGAAUGGGAAUGGGAAUGGAAUUGAAGUGGAGGUAGAGGUGGGAGAGAGUAGCAGCAAAGGAGGAGGAGGACAGCAGUUGGAUCUGAAUUGUGAUCCGGAUAAAGAAGAAGAAAUGACUCCGGUUGGUGGUGCUUCUGUGAUUCCUUUAGAGUGGGAACGCGUGCUUGCAGCACUUGUACCUUGUUCGCAGCCUCCUCCUAAAGCUACAACUGAAAUGGAAGUGUGUCCUCCGGUUGAGAUUAAAGUUGAAGGACAACCUUCAUCUUUGGCAGCUACGGAUGAAACCCCUGUCCCCAUGGUAGAUGUGGUUGAGGUUGAGGUUCAGAUGGAGGAGAAGCUUGUUGAAGAAGACAGGUAGGUCAUCUUAAAACUGGAGGAUGUAAUUGUAUUCUGUUUUCUGAUAUAAAGGUAAGUAAGUUUGUGAUUUUGACUUGGUGAGGUGAGGUGAGGUGAGGGUACUGGUUUUGACUUGUGACUCUUCUUAGACAUGUUUUUUUUUUCUUUGUGGCGAGAUGAGGCGAAU